UUCGUUCCUUUACGCCAUUUUUAAGAUAGGAUGUGAAGCUGGGAUCUGUCCUGUUUGGUUCUUACGAUUCCAUUAUCGAAAUAAUUUUUUUUGGGUUAUUUUAAAACAAGUAAAACACACGCAACAACAACAAACAAAAGGAAAACAAACACGCCACUAUAACAGAGCUGUUUUUUGAGAAUUGAGAAACCAAGAUCAUGGCCGUUGUAGAGAAUGCGGGCGCGGAUUUGGGGAUGACUGUGGGUUUGAGCUCAUCAUCUAAUCUAGAUUCGGGUGUGUCAUCGUCAGCCAGCGAUCAGGACCAGCUCAACCCCAAUCACAACCACCACUCACUGUUGCGUAUCGACAAUGGUGUCUCGAUUCAGCCUCUCUUCAUGAAGGUCCAGAGUCAACCGUCGCCCAACGGCAAUCCCCAGCAGCCGCCGUCGCAGAAUCUGCAGGUGGCCCAUCAUUAUCCUUCUCAUCAUCAGCGACCUAACGGCGGCGGAGGUGAUUUACGGAGGAAUGGGGAUGUGAAAGAGAGCUACGAGAGGGAUAUGAGAGCGCUGCAGGACUUAUUCUCUAAGCUGAACCCCAUGGCUGAGGAGUUUGUGCCUCCUUCGCUUGCUAACAGCAAUGGCAAUCAUCGUGGACUUAAUGGACUCAAUUUGGGGUUUUAUACUAAUAACAACAACGACUCUUUGGGGUAUAGCAACGGCACUAGAAAUGGACAACUCAAUGGAAAUGCUGGUCGAAGGAAGAAAAACUAUAAUCAAGUGAAAAGGAGAAUGAACAGCAGGACAGGCAUAGCCCAGAGAGAGGAGGUAAUUCGCAGGACUGUGUAUGUGUCUGACAUUGAUCAACAGGUCACUGAAGAACAGCUUGCUGCUCUUUUUGUUGGCUGUGGGCAGGUGGUGGACUGCCGUAUAUGUGGUGAUCCCAAUUCUGUACUUCGUUUUGCCUUUAUCGAGUUCACUGAUGAAGAUGGUGCAAGGGCUGCUUUAAAUCUUGCCGGGACAAUGCUCGGAUACUAUCCCAUGAGGGUGCUGCCCUCAAAAACAGCUAUUGCACCGGUUAAUCCAACCUUUUUGCCUAGGAAUGAUGAUGAACGUGAAAUGUGCACAAGGACUAUCUACUGUACAAACAUUGAUAAGAAGGUUACUCAAUUAGAUGUUAAACUCUUUUUUGAAUCAGUCUGUGGAGAGGUUUAUCGCCUGAGGCUGCUAGGGGACUAUCAUCAUUCUACUCGUAUUGCUUUUGUGGAGUUUGUGAUGGUGAGGUAAUGAAUGGUCUUGAAUAUCAAACCUAGGGAAGUUCAGCAAAAGGAUUAGGUGAGGUAAUGAAUUUUCAAGGUGGCUCGAAGCACUCUGAAGCAUUGACACUCCUUUAAUGAAGGGUAUGCAGUGACAACGCUUGUUAGACAUGUGAACAUGCCAAAAAUGAGUCUAAGAUGUGCUAGAGAAUUAAAUGCAUUCAAAAAAACAUAAAAAAGAAAAAUAUCUGAUGCACUUGUCAGUCACACUUUUUAUAUGUCAAACACUAGAAACUUUAUAAGUGUUUUUUGCAGCAAAAAUUUUUGUGGUGCAUAUGCCUUGGAAGAGGACCUACAAGAAACGUUAGAGUUUAUUGAAUCCUGAGGCUUUCCCUUUACCUUUUGAAAUACUUAUCUAGAGGGGCUUAUGAAGGCUUAUUCUUAGAAUUGGCUUUGGAAGAGGACCUGUCGAAUCUUGUGGGUCCUUUACAUUUUGACUCACUUAUCUAGUGUGGCAACUGGAGGCCAAUGCAUUAUUAAUAGUAGUAAUUUUCCCCAUGAAAGAUCAACAGCUUUGAGUAGAAAAAGAUUUGAAAGUUAGCAGAGUUCUGAUUUAUCUUGAUGUUCUGAUGGAAUAUUAUCAUUCAUUAGUGCCUUUGUGACAUUUGCUUAACCAAUUUUUCACAAGGAUUGGCAUUAUCUUUUCUUCUCUGUUAUCCUUUUCUUCAUACUUCUGAAUUCUUAUGGUUGAUUCUUAUGUAUAUGUUAUCAUAUUGCUUGAUUAUGGCAAUCAUGAGUUGUAGGAUGUAAGGAUCUUUAGAAUGACUCCUCAACCAUGUUUAGAUGGUUAAUAUGCAUUAGAAAAAUCAUUCUUCAGGUUGAAUAGAUUCUACAAUGAGUUAACAAUGAGCUAUUUCUCGUAGUUUAAAAGAGAAAUCACAAACUUGUCAAGUAGCCCUUACAAUGGGAUAGUGAAGAAAGGAAAUAACGUUUAAAGGGAUUUUCAGUUUCUUUGCUGGUGCUUCCAAGAACACAUUACCUUAUUGAUCAAAUCAGCUUGGUAUUCAGCAAAUAUCCAUAAACUUAUUUUAUUAUCAACUGGAUCUCUAACUUAUUAUGAGUGAAGUCAUCUGCAGCAUGCUAGGAAUAUCUAUGCCUAAAUAUCAUUUCUAUACUGUCUAUCUUUGUAUGAGAAAUAAGUGCAUAACAGGAUACCAGGAAUGGUCUCUGGAAGUGCCCUUGAUUGAAUUUGUCAAGGAUUACCUGGGAUGAAAUUGUUAUAAUUAAGUUUAAUCUUGUUUCACAAUGAAACAUUUUUGCAUUGCAUGAUACACAAUUUUACUCUUGUGUAAUGUGUUUUGGAAUGCAUUCUGUCAAGUAUUUUAUAUUCUUGUCACUCUGAACUUGCUAUUAUUUCAGAAAUGUCGUUUCUAAUCCUCUUUUUAUUUAGUAUGAAUUAUAACUGAUGAAGACAAUCCUUAUGCAAACCCAAUCUAUUGAUGGUCUCAUUUGGAAUCUACUUCACAGAUAGAACUGCUUAAUAGUGUUUGUCCUAAUUAAUUAGUUUGUACUAUUGUAUCCCUGCUAAACUCUGCUUCUUUCCAGAGUAAGUAUUGCUGUAUGGUUGAUUCUUCACUCUUAUGCAACUGUCAUGAUAUCCCCUAUUUGCAUAGGCAGCUGAUAUGUGAACUUGCUGGGGAUUCUCUGUUCUCUUUUAUCUCAUUCCUUUUCUGUUCUUAUUUACUUCUUACAAUAAAUUUAGCUUCUAAACCCCUUCUAUAGGUCUCUCUGUGAUCCAAAAUCUUAACCAAAAUUAAUAUGCAAGGCAUCAAGAGCCAACAUUUUCUGAUUAGCUUAGAUCUCAUUGGGGUGUGAUUCUAUUGUGUGACAUUUUGGAAUCUUACCAUUUGAUUGACCCUUAACAAAAUCAUUAUAUAUCUACCUCUCUUUCCAAUAAACUAUAUAAUUAUAAGGCAAAUGCUGUUUGCAUUUGGAUCUAGACAUGGUAAUCUAGGCUGCUUAUAUCCUAGACCUUACAUUAUAUAAUUGGUUGACUUCAUUAAGAACUUUUCUGUUAAUGCAGCGCCGUUCUGCUGAGCUACUAGUUCUUUGUCACUAUUACCUUGUAUUCUUUUAUGUACUGCAACUUAUUUCCCUUUUUAAUGUUUCCUGGGCCUCACAACCUUCUUGAGGUUUAGAGACGUAAUGCUUUGGUUUAACUGCUUUAUGGUAAUGGGGAAAGAUAGUGUACAAACUAGUUUUAUAAGUUGGAGAAUUCCACUGCAACUCGUUUGUUUGGGUUAGCCCCUCGCUAUGUUGAUGGGAAUUGCAAUGGAUGGUAAUCCACAAUCUACAGCUUCUUUGAGAAGACUAUUACCCUCUGUAUGUGGUAAUCUGUUAUCCAAGACAAUAAUGAAAGAAAGAACCAACUUCUGCUAUCCUUUUUUCAACUCUACUGAAAUGAUUUGCUAUUGCUAGGAAUAUGAUUCAAGCCUAACCAAACUGGGGCUCUAGAAGGUAGAAAUUUGGGGACUCUUUUUAAUUUUCAACAUUUGAGCAUUAUUGGCCACUCACAAGACUUCAUAUAUACUGUUAUCCUUGUCAUAUGCAGGAAGCAAUUUAGAGUUUUGAGGUUGACUUCUUUAAUAGUAUUUGUAGAUUAGCAACUUUUAACUUUGAAUUUCAGUGUUACUAUCCAAAUAGCAGGAUCAUCAUAGCAGGUGUCUGAACUUUAUGCUUGACAAAUAUUGCUAAUGUUUAUGCUCCAUUGAUUCUCUAUGUUUAAUUUUAAUAUAAUGGUUAUUUGGCAGUAACUGGAUUUAUGCAGAGGAUUUGAAGUUGUUAUUAGUUGAUGUAGUAUUUGCCCUGGAAUUUUUUGGAUGACUGUGGUAAUGAAAAGCCCUAAUUUACCUUGGCUCAGCUUACAUUGUGUGAAGAAAAAUUUUGUUGCUAUGAUUUGUCGUUUUAUGUACUAGUGUGCAUAGACAUUUAUGUUGAUUGCUGUUCAAUAAGUUGGCUUUGUUUCUUUAUUGACUUGUUGGUCUAGCAUAGAUGACAGAUCUAGUUAUCUGCUUAAUCAAGUGCUUUAUGCUCUAAAAAGUAAAAAAUAAAA